AAUUAUGGUAAUUCGCCACCUACCAGGAGUGGUUCUCAAGUCUACCCACCACCAAAGGACAAAUCAAAGUUGGGAUAUUGAUCAAUAUCUUACCAAGGAGGGUAGGUAAGGUAAGCACUGCCUUAUGUUUGCAUCGGCAACUAAUCUCAUCAUACCACCAACUCCCCACUGUUAUAUAAAAAACGCACAUAAAUCACAACUCUUUGCUCUGAAUCUUCCUUGUUGUUUUCAUUUCAAUGGCUGCUUCUUCCAUUGCCUCAAAACAGUUCCUUGUGGCCCCCAGAACUGACGGGUCGUUGGGCUCUCGUCUGCCUUCAGAUCUUCGCCAGCGCCCAUCUCCUACCGUCCGAAUCUUGUUCCGUUCCACUACCCCAAAGAAGCUCGAAAUAAAGGCGGCUGGGAGUACAUUUGGAACUUAUUUUCGUGUUACCACAUUUGGAGAAUCACAUGGAGGUGGUGUUGGUUGUACAAUUGAUGGAUGCCCUCCUCGUAUUCCUCUCUCAGAAGGGGACAUGCAAUUUGAUCUCGACAGAAGGAGGCCUGGCCAGAGCCGAAUUACAACCCCAAGAAAAGAGACUGAUACAUGCAAAAUUCAGUCUGGUGUUUCUGAAGGGGUGACCACUGGAACACCCAUCCAUGUAUUCGUACCUAACACUGAUCAGAGAGGACAUGAUUACAGUGAAAUGUCAGUGGCUUACAGGCCAUCUCAUGCAGAUGCAACUUAUGAUAUGAAGUACGGUGUCAGAUCAAUCCAGGGAGGUGGUAGAUCUUCUGCAAGAGAAACCAUUGGAAGAGUUGCUGCUGGAGCUGUUGCAAAGAAAAUUUUGAGGCAAUUCGCUGGAACUGAGAUUCUUGCUUAUGUGUCUCAAGCCCAUAAGGUUGUGCUUCCAGAGGAGUUGAUUGAUCAUGAGGCUUUGACACUUGAUCAGAUAGAGAGUAACAUUGCAAGGUGUCCAAAUCCUGAAUAUGCUGAGAAGAUGAUUGCUGCCAUUGAUGCUGUCCGAGUGAGAGGGGAUUCUGUUGGUGGUGUUGUCACAUGCAUUGUGAGGAAUGCCCCUCGUGGGCUUGGUUCACCAGUUUUUGACAAACUUGAAGCUGAGUUGGCUAAAGCUGCAAUGUCAUUGCCUGCAACCAAGGGCUUUGAAUUUGGCAGUGGAUUUGCAGGUACUUUUAUGACUGGAAGUGAACAUAAUGAUGAGUUCUAUACUGAUGAAUAUGGAAAUAUCAGGACAAGAACAAAUCGCUCUGGUGGGAUUCAGGGAGGAAUAUCUAAUGGUGAAAUUAUAAACAUGAGGAUAGCUUUCAAGCCAACAUCUACGAUUGGAAGGAAGCAGAACACAGUGACUAGAGACAAGAAAGAGACCGAACUGAUAGCUCGUGGUCGUCAUGAUCCUUGUGUUGUCCCAAGAGCGGUUCCAAUGGUGGAGGCAAUGGUAGCACUGGUACUAGUGGACCAAUUGAUGGCACAAUAUGCUCAAUGUUAUCUUUUCCCCCCAAAUUCAAAACUACAAGCGCCCUUCAAAUUGCCGACACUUGAGCCAGCCGAGAUGCUUUAAAAUGAGUGUUUUAACUUAUUUAUACAACUAGAUUUGAUAGCGUAUGACUGGGUGAUUUUGAAGUGAUAACAAAAACAAUCUUAUCACCAAAUCAUAUGUUAUCAUUUCAGUUUGUAUAAAUUUGUUAGUAACAUUUGUUUGUACACAUAGUUUCAUUUAUUUCUUCGGACUAUCACAGUUUCUUCUUUAUGUGAGGCACUUUAUAUUUUUGGGAUUUUUUGUGGCCCCUUGAACGGGCAAAAAAAAAAAAUUAUCAGAAGUCAAGUCAAUGUAAACAAGUUUGCCAUCAAUUUAGUUGGACCAGCGGAGCUUGUUGAAAUGGAGCUGGCAUCAAUUAAUAUUAUGAAUCAAGGAACAAUUUUUCUCUA